UUCUAAAUAGGUUUGUAGGAUAUCGCUGGCCUAGCAGAUCGACAAAGGCUCGUUUAUCAGUCGGCUGUUGGUGGAAUUGCGCAUGUUCCUGCUUUUGUUCUCCUUGGCCAAGCUCUGGCAAUAUAUCGGGCCAAUAGCCUCAAGUACUGCGCAACCGCUGAUGUUCCGUAAGCGCUCCACCAUGCAUCAUCCCCCGCCGCGAGCACGUUCCACUACCAACACGGAAAUUAUUGUGGUUCCGCGCCGGGCUCAGGCUUGGGCACUGCGGAUCAAUUGUGCUGGCGGCACUCCGAGACUUUGGAGCGCAGCUGAGGACGUUUGGCACAGCAUUUCCUUGCCAAUCCCUUUCACUCUGAAUGAACUAGUAGUAGAUUGCAUUGCGAGGCUGAGGGCUUCGGAUGCCGCAUUUGUUAUGCAUGAUCUAUAGAGAG